GGUGGCUGGUAUGGCAAUGCACUACAAGCUACUGCAAACAAUGGAAACGCAUCGCUUGUGCGGCUUCUCCUCGAGCGUGGGGCAGAGGUGAAUGCGCAGGGUGGCGCGUAUGGCAAUGCACUCCAAGCAGCUAAAUCACGAGGUCAUGAAUCGAUUGUGCAGCUUCUCCUC